ACCUUUGCCCGCCAAUCGCGGCGCCGAUCGUCGGCCAAGCCGCGCCUUCCACCUUUUCCUUUUUCCCGACUCGAGUUGCGAAUUACGCCAAUUUUCUAAUCACUCGCAGAUCAGCGUCGUCCGCAAGAGGUAAUCCACCACUGCCGGACGAGUUCGCCCGAUUUUUGCAAAUUCUUAGGACGUGAACGACCGCGACUUUCGCCACUCUUUAAAUUUGCAAGAUCAGCUCAAGUGUCAAGACAUUUCCGUCGAAGUUCUGUGUGCUCAAUGGUGCGAGGUUGACAAAGUUAAACAAACCGGAAAAAGAUGGAGUACAGCGUGCAACAGUGGCUGAGUGGCGUUCAAAAAGCGUUCCCGGCCGCCGAUAUCGUGCUCGUGGUGGGCCCUGAGGAACGCCACUUCGCAGCCCACCGAGCUCUGCUGUCAAACAACAGCGGCUAUUUGAAGACCAUGCUGGCCAGUCUUCUCCCAGAAACCCAAACCCUUCAUCUGCCCAACAUUUCCGCUGACGCAUUCGACGUUCUCCUCACCUUUAUUUACUCUGGAUAUCUGAACGUCCACCAACAUAAUAUUUACGGUGUUCUCUCCAUGGCGCAUGUUUUGCAAAUGCCGCAAGCCCUGGACGUAUGCCGCGAGUUUUUGGUCAAAAUGGAGCAGUACGAGUUAGCCUGCAAGCGGACCGCGGCCCUCACCUUCGUCUUCAAGCCAGUUGCCACGCACAAGCCGCUGCCGUGCAUGAUGAAGAAGAGCGACACUAUCCGUCUCGGCCGCAACGUUAUUUUACGCUCGAGCGAGUCGCUGUUCAAGUCUGUCAACAAAGUGGCCGCCGAGAAGCAGCCAAAGCCGCAGAAGACGCUGCAAAUCUCAGUGGAGGCUAUCAAGGACGAUGAUGGAAAAUCGGGACGGGUCAUUCUAGACGUGGCAUGUUGCGACGGUCCAGUCCGAUUCCAUCGUGUCCUAAACGACAAAUACGGGACGGAGAAUGUGGCUUGCUCCGAGAAAGCGGCAGAUUCGGAAGAAGAGUCAACCGAGGAGGAGAACAAUUCUAUGGAUCAACCAGACGAGAACUCGACAGAUGAUAUGGGAAAACAGAGAACGAGCAGCAAAGACGGUGAGUCGGUGUACAAGUGUGUUUACUGCAACCACACUUUCAAGAGCCAAUACUGCUACCAGAAGCACACUCGGAGACACAUCAACCCCGUCACAUACGACGUGUUGAAGCUGACGGCCAACCUCAAGGACAACAGCGCGCCCAGGAAUAAGCUGCUCGACAUGAACGUCCAGUACUAUCCCUGCAAGAGCUGCGGUAGCAAGUUUCCCAGCUACUACUUUGUGCACAAACACCGAAAGAUGUGUCACGCCGAGCAAGAGGAAGAUUCCAACAGCAAGACGGAGCCGCAAGCUAAAACCCCUACGUUUAAACCGAAUUGAAUGAGUGUCGACAGUCGAUCUUUUGUGCGUCUUAACACGGUGGCACUGUAAAUUAUCGCUCCGCAAUAAAUUUUUUCCUAAAUAGAAA